UUUCGCAGAAACUGAGGUUAGAACGUUAAAAAUUCAAAAGAGUAAGCUUCAAACAAAGUUAAAUGAUUUUAUUAUGAAAAAAUAUUAUUUUAUUGAAAUAAGGAUGUCCCUGCUAAGCCUGCAAUAAAUUCAGCAUUUUCACUUCAAGGGAACAUUGAAUCUGUAUCAUGAAGACUACUAAUGCCUUAAAUAUAAAUGUUGAUAAAUAUCGAAAAUUGGUACAGCAUUAUUUGGAUUUGCAUAUGCCCGAUACUGCCUUAUUUUGGGCAGAUAAAGUAGUAACUUUAACAGAAAACCCUCGGGAUAUCUAUUGGUUAGCAAAAUGUAUGUAUCACUUGAAACAAUACCACAGAGCAGUUCAUCUAUUGAAGUCCAGGAAAUUAGAUAAAACCUAUAUAUUGUGCAAUUAUUUAACAGUUAAAUGUCUGUUUGAAGCGAACGAUCUGAAUGAAGCCUUGAACAUAAUCAGCAAUUUAGAUUAUCAAAUAAAUCCCCAUUUUUCACAUAAUUCCGCCGCUUCCCAAUGUAAUUUCGACGCCCUCCUUUUCGAUGAUAAACCAAAAAACCAAGUAUUCUCUGCAAUAUGUUUUUUGAAAGGGAGGAUCAUGGAAUGUUUAGAGAAUAGAGUCCUGUCAGUGGAAUGUUAUAAACAAGCUUUACAUCAGGAUGUCUAUUGUUUUGAGGCGUUUGAUGCCUUGACCAGGAAUCAAAUGCUUACAGCUACUGAAGAAAAGGAACUAUUGAAUUCUCUACCGAUAAGUGAGCAAUGUUCUUCUGAGGAGGCUGAAAUUUUGAGGUUUCUAUACGAGAGCAAACUCAAGAAGUAUCAUGAAACAUCGGUGGUCCCUAAAAGUACCAUUAAAAUUGCCCGUGCAGAUCACAUGCUCUUGGAUAACAUCCAACUCAACAUAACACCCUGCGUCAUAUCUAAUUUAACCCCAAAUUUCCUAUCGACGCCCUCUGUCAGCACUCCAAAUCUACCCGUACCCAGAAACGAGGAAGAGGCUAAGAGAAACGAUAAAAACGCGAGAGCCAUGGAGACUGAAACGCCUAACGAGGUCGAUAACGCCUGUUUGGAAAAAUUGAAGGAGAACUUAGAGAUUAUUACGACCCAGGCCGAGAGAUACUAUUAUAAUUGUGAAUUUUCCGAGUGUGCCAAAUUGACCGAUCAUAUUUUAAACGAAGAUCCUUGGCAUAUAGCAUGCUUGCCAAUCCAUAUUUCGUGCCAUGUAGAGUUGAAGGACAGCAACAGAAUAUUUCUAUUAGCACAUAACCUAGUGGAUUUAUACCCCAAUUUGGCCAUUUCUUGGUAUGCCGUCGGCUGCUAUUAUUAUAUAACAGGUAAAAGCGACUGCGCAAGGAGGUACCUAAUGAAAGCCACGUGUUUGGACAAGCUUUUCGGACCUGCCUGGUUGGCUUACGGUCAUUCUUUUGCGUUGGAAAACGAGCACGAUCAAGCCAUGGCCGCCUAUUUCAAGGCUUCCCAACUGAUGAAAGGGUGUCACUUGCCGUUGCUUUACAUAGGACUCGAAUGCGGGCUGACAAAUAACGUCAGGCUGGCAGAAAAGUUCUUCCAGCAGUCUCAGUGCAUCGCCCCCGACGAUCCCUUCAUUUUGCACGAAAAGGGCGUCAUUAAUUAUCAAAACCACGAGUUCAAAAAAGCCGAGAGUAAUUUCAAGGAAGCGUUGCAGAAAAUUGCCAAUAUUCACAAAGGUCCGUUGCCCGCAAGAUGGGUACCUUUGUUGAGUAACCUGGGUCAUACGUGUAGAAAAUUGAAGAAAUACAACGAAGCCUUGGAAUACCAUCAUAAGGCACUUUUGAUGUCGCCAAGAAAUGCCUCGAUAUAUUCAGCCAUUGGCUUUGUUCACGCGCUGGUCGGAAACACCGAAGAAGCCGUAGAUUGGUUCCACAAGGCUUUAGGUUUGGACAGAGGCGAUACCUUCAGUUCAACGAUGUUGAAUUGUUUGAUUGAGGAAUUAGCAGAUGAAAGACCACCUUAUGAUGGUGCGCCCAUGGAAAUCCCGAAAUUCAUCCCGAGGGAGAGCAGUAGACUGGCCUCUUUCAGCGAAAUGGACCAAACGAAUACAAACAAGGACUUAUCGAUGAGUUUAGGAAACUCUUUCAGACCGACCGAAGACUCCCAAAACAAUAUGAGCAUGAGUUUCGGGGACAUCCCUCCGGAACCCUCAAGUAUGAGUAUCGAGGUAGAUAUGGAAGUGACCAGAGAUUGAGGUUAGAUCACAAGAUAAAAAGAAAGAACUGAAACGACGGGAAGCGAGGUCAGCGUUUGUCCCUGCGUGGUGGAAGAUUGAAAGAAUUGCGAUUUUAAAAGAGUAUAUAAUUUUUUUCGACUCUUUCGAAAGCUGUUGAAAUUAAAACGAAUAAAAAAUGUUUUAUCAA